AAAAUCCCAAGCCCAAGGACAAAGCGUCUUCUAAAGUAUACCAAAAAAAAAAACUCUGAAAGAAGCGGACAGGGCAAGUGGAAGGUCGAGGACUCGAGGGUUUCGUCUCCGACGCCGCGACCUCCACCUCCGCCCUCUCGUCGGCACGUCCGGUGGUCCAGAUAUGAAGAGGGCCGCGCCGUGGGAGGAGACGCUGGAGGUCAUUUCCGACGACUCCUUGAGCUCGGAUUCCGACGAUGAGGCCGGGGAGGGUAAAGGCGAGGGCUCCUUUCGGCUGCCCAACUCCUCCAAACCUGCAGCUUCAGCAGAAGCAGCCAUUACAAAGAAGAGGAAACCUGGUGGUGUGGAUUUCAGUGCUUUGAGCCGGCAUGGGUAUCGUGGCGGACCAUCUGUAUUGACAGUUGCUCCUCCAAAGGUCGAGCCUAACUGGACUUGGUCAACUGGGAAAGAUCGCAAUGACAAGGAAGUUCUGACUGAGUCUUAUGAAGAGCGGGAACGCACAAGGGCUGCGGUAACUGAAGGAGAGAAGCUUAUCGGUGUGCGGAACCCUCAGCCAAGGCAGACGGAGAAAGAGAAGGAGGCUUCAUUCUCACAGAAGGAGAAGCGGAAGAGAGACCGUGGACAGGCCAGCAGGGGUAAGAACUAUGUUGAGGAGGAGAAGCGGCUCCUGAGGGGGAGCGGCGUCUAUUCUGGCUUUGAUACUUGACACUCUCCAGAAUAAAUCUAGUAACUGAAGUGCGUCAGCACUGUGGAUUGUUCCUUGUUACUAGCUUCCAACGUAAUUACUGGUGUGUUUGCUGCUGUGAUUUUGUAACGUGGGUGGUUGAUGGAGCUUUCAUGUGAUUUUGUUUCCUCAAUGUCUAGACUUCCACAUACCUGCUGUUUUACCUUAACAUUUUACCUCAGCA